CGUUCUCUGGCCCCGGAGUUGCACUUCGCGACGCGCGACAGGCGCCUGCCGCGAGUACACCAACCACCCAGGUCACGUUUGCGGACACCUCUCAUCUCUGCGAAGGUCACUGAUCGACUUUCAAGACGAUGCAGCGUCUUCGCUCUAUAGACUGGGCGGCAGUGCGUCGAGACAGCCACAAUGUCUUCACCAAACUUAUAAGAACUCGUGACCCUCGCGACAUCGAAGGCCCGGAUAUUACUGUACCAACUCGAACACGACUCUCCCGGUGCCUUUCUACGCUGGAUUUGAUUUCGCUGGGAGUUGGAUCGUGUGUUGGCACUGGAAUGUAUUUGGUGGCGGGGAUGGUCGCCCGCAAGUUUGCCGGCCCCGGAGUGGCGUUGAGCUUUAUCAUAGCAGCACUAGCGAGUAUAUUCUCAGGGGCAUGCUAUGCGGAGUUCGGCGUCAGAGUUCCCAACACGACUGGUUCGGCUUAUACGUACUCCUACGUCACAGUCGGCGAAUUCAUUGCUUUUGUCAUUGGCUGGAAUAUGGUGCUUGAAUAUAUGAUUGGAACGAGUGCGUGUGCUCGCGCAUUGAGCGCCUGCUUCGACUCCUUAUGCGAUGGUGCCAUCGGCAACUACCUAGCUUCCAAAAUCGGCACUAUUUAUGGCAAGCCUCCGGAUUUCCUCGCUUUCGGAAUCGCCCUAUUGAUGACCAUGGUGCUAGUAGCCGGCGUGAAGAAGUCUUUAUUCUUUAACAACGUCCUCAACGCUAUAAACCUAAGUGUUUGGGUUUUCAUUAUGGGCGCCGGCCUCUUUUAUGUGGAUACAAAUAACUGGACUAAGCACAAGGGGUUCUUGCCGUAUGGAUGGAGUGGAGUGUUCAGUGGUGCUGCUACUUGCUUCUACGCUUUCAUUGGAUUCGAUAUAAUAGCGACUACUGGAGAAGAGGCGACCAACCCUAAACGUUCUAUCCCUCUGGCGAUUGUCCUUAGCUUGGCCAUCAUCCUCAUUGCUUACGUCAGCAGUUCCAUGAUGCUCACUCUUAUUGUACCGUACAAUGAAGUGGAUAUGGACUCAGCCCUCAUGCAAAUGUUUGCAUACGUGCAUGCACCCGCGUGCAAAUACAUCGUCGCUAUUGGUGCUCUCGCAGGCUUGACCGUUUCCAUGUUUGGCUCCAUGUUUCCUAUGCCACGGGUAGUGUAUGCCAUGGCGUUAGACGGAUUGAUAUUUACGCAACUGGCCAGAGUAUCGGAGUCGUCUGGCACUCCAGCGCUUGCCACCAUCUGUGGAGGUAUCACAGCAGCCAUCGUCUCCCUCCUCAUCCAGCUUGAGGUCUUGGUGGAAAUGAUGAGCAUUGGUACUCUUCUGGCUUACACCUUGGUCUCAACUUGUGUGCUGAUACUUCGCUACCAGCCGCAUUCCACCAAUCUCGUUGAGCUGUUGCCCCAGAGCCUUCGGACACCAGUAGACCCCGAGGGAACUGCAUCUGGACAACGGGAGACGACCUUCGCUGGAGUCGGGCAAACUCAUAUGAUGACAUCUAGUCAGCAACGGGUGAUGAUACGCCGAGUCACCCGCAGCUCCCCUGACUCAGAUGAUACGCUCCCUGGUGAUGACAGCGAGGAGUACGGACGAGACGAUGCCUUUUUGGUUAACUCUAACACCGAGAACAAGUUUUACGGAGCAGUACCAGGAGGUUGCUCAGCUAACCCUUCCCGAUGCGCCCGCUUCUUCAACAAUAUCUACCGUCAACUGCACGCGAUGUCGUAUCUUUGCCCUGGUCUGCUGCCGUGGGUAGACUGCGGCCCGGCUACUGAAGUUUCCGGUAUGUUCGUCAUCAAAGCAGUUGGUUUGAUGUACGUUUUGGUGAUCAUUUUCGACAUGUUGGCUGCCUAUGGAAGUCCGAGCGAGUCAACUUUCACUGCUGUCGCCAUGAUACUUCUGAUCCUGGCCAUUUUUAUCAUUCUUCUCGCCAUCUCCCGAAAACCACAAAAUCGUGCCCACCUGGUAUAUGCGGCGCCCGGCCUGCCCUUUGUACCAGCCAUCGCUAUUCUAGUCAACAUUUACCUCAUUCUUAAUCUAUCUAUUCUGACUCUUGUCCGAUUCACCGUCUGGAUGAUACUUGGUCUGAUAAUGUACUUCAAGUACGGAAUUAAGAAUUCGACUUUGGAAACGAACCCACCGAUGCCUCGGGCUCCUACUCCACCACCACCGAACCCCUUGGAUCGCACCACCAUCCCACCUGCGUCCAAUAAGCCCCUGACUACCGGAGACCGCAAUAUCUUCGAAGGCGAUGGCGCUGGACUAUAUGGCAACCAUGAUACGUUCUCGGAUCCGCUUCUCGCUUGGCACGUAGCUGACUUGGAACCAGUGCAGUCAACCAGCCGCAACUCAGGUUACAUGCAGGUGGAAACGCGAUACAACGAACGUACUAACGUGACGACCUCCCACACUUCAAGCCGACCCCCGUGGGCCUACCCCGAUGUUACAUACGACAACUGGGACUAAAGCAAACCGGCCUCCAUGAAUCUAAGCAUAUAAUUCAUUUACGGGUAGGUAUUUAAUUAUUUACUUACAAAAAUAAGCGCACAUUGAAACAUUGUAUGAUUUUAAGGCCAAAAGCAUUUUGUAGCUGUAUUAUUUUAUUAAACUACUUAUAUUUUAUUUCAUCUCGUACCUAUCUAUUAGGUAUUUUCAUAAUUCUUCAUAAAUCCUAUUAUGUUUAAUAUUAGACAUAUAGGUACAUUUUAUGAAUAAUAGUGUCUUAUUAUAUGUGAGAAGAUCGACGGAACAUGUAGGAGAUAACGGUAAAAAUGGAAAAUUAAAGUACGAGUACCACGGCAACACUGACCUCUGCUAAUACAAGUACGCUGGUUCUGCGAUUGCCGACCUGUUUUUUUAGGCAACUUAAGUGAACGUCAUAUUGAGGGCGUACUGGGAAUUAAAUGUUAGUGAUGAAACAUCUGUCAGCAUAGUGUCAACAUGAAGAUCAUUCAACACAAAGUGUCAAUUUCAAUUUCCGGCACAAAAAAUAACGUUAAUUUUGUGUCGCACAACUCUUCCAGCCUACUUUAACGUUAACGGUAAUAUUAAAUACGUCACUCGCAAAUUUUCGUAUUUAGCUGCAGUUCUAUAUCGCAAAGAAUAUAUUAUGUAGGAGUUUCAGAUUACGUGAACAAAAAACAAAAAUACUUCUCAGCCACCUUUCGACGACACGUUCCGUCUAUCUUAUUCCAUCUCAUUGUGUUAAUUUAUUACGAAAGCCAAAUGGUUCAAACUUGGUUUAAAGCGAUACGGCAUUCGGCGAACUGAUCUUUUCUAAAAGGUGUGAUAAAAUGUCUGAACGUGUGUUAAAAUUUCUCUUAAAUGUUUGGUAUCAAAAUUUGUACUGAUAAUAUUAUUAAAUAAUUUGAUAACUUUAAAAAUUUUAACUACUUCCAUAGAAGAUUUAUUACUACUAUACUGACUAUUUUAAAAUCUGAUCUCAAGACUGGUACAUAAUAUCAAACAGAUAUGGAUUUGAGUAGGUAAGCGUAAGUAAUGUGCACUAAACUUUUAAUUUUCCAAAUGAAAAAUAGAGUUCGAUAUCUACCUGCC